GACAUAUGUGACGUGUUCAUGAGAUACAGCCUUGGUCCUCCGGGAAUCAGGGUUGCUCUCCCAUCGCCGCGACUCAUCAGCACGAAUGUCAACGCCUCCAGCGGGCCGGCCGUCUUGCUUUGCGAAACUAAACAGUUUAUCCGCCCGGAAAGCGAAACCCACUGCAUGAGAUGGAUGUGUGGAAGCGCCGGUCGUCAUAGGCAGUCAGACUGCCAUUGAAUGCUACCACCUACUUCCGGCAGCGAAACGACGCAAACCCCAGAUGAGCUUGCGCAGCUGGCGUGCGGACCGGAUUUGCAUAAAUGCGCACUAGCGAGGCUGAUCGAUCAUCCCGAUCAAUCUCGGAACCUAGUCCUGGCCGACUUCAUUCGUCGAUUCGCAGAAAAUCCUCGUGUGAUUGGAUUGCCGUUGCGAGCGAUGUCCUUUCUCUAUGCGGCACCUCAGCUUUGUCUCGUCCACUCCAUCACUGCCAAUCUUUUUUUUCAGCCGCUGCAAGCAGCCAAACAAUGCACGCGAUCCUGGAAGUCUGGCGCAAUACCAAUGCAUGCAAUAUAUCAAUGCUAUUAUUGGACUCGGCUCAUUUGUUGCGUUACACAAACGACGACGGUCGGUGAUCUGAGGAAGAGGCAGUACGUGGCUGGUCAGUGGACGAUGGCUUCAACGGGCUCCCAGGACGUUAUGUCAGCGUUGACCCGCACCGGUCUGCAUCGCUCGCGGCGGCUCGCGAACAUGUCACUACACUGUGCUGCUCGCCGCUACCAGACUCCACGGGCUUGAUGAUUUAUUCACCAUGACCUUUGGGUCCGCUACAAUCACAAGGUUACUGGCGGAAUGCAUCGCAUCUGCAGGUACAACCUUAUGCCGCAACUCUAAAAUAGGAGCCAUGUUGCAAUCACUUGCAUGUUGCAAGCCAUCUUGACAAGCUCCGGGAAUAGGAUGCUCGGAAUUUCACCUCUGGUCCCAACUCAUACAGUAACUAUGGCGUGGCGAAAACACCAGAAGCGCAAUGUGUCACGUACCGGCACAAGGCCACAAAGAGUUCAGAGUCACUUGAGGAAGGUCGAACAAGUCUGCCGAUUUUCUUCUCCGGGCCACGUGCCGGAGGCUGGAGUUCAAGACUGUCUCAGUGGUGUGCACCCAUCCACGCUACGGAAACUAUUGUCUAAUCUCCCAGAGUGAAUGACGCAAGAUCUCAGUUCAACAAUGGCACUGCACAAACAUCGCGAGUCUCUCUGUAUCCCAAUCGACGCUCGUAAUCUUGGGGGAGAUCCUUGUGGUAAACCUGACUUUCCGCCAUAUUUUCCGAGCCAACCUGAGAUUGCGACUGUCGAGACGGAGCUCAACAACCAAUAUCACAGGCCAUGCACGUUGCACGCCCUGGUCAUGCUGCGCCGCUAUCGACUACCAUUCCACGCCGCGCCGCGCGAUAUGCAGCAUCGAUACGAUAUUGAUACAUCUAACAUUCCGAUUAUAGCAAGACCUCAAACAACGCAGACACUUCCGGUGCAACUGGCACCUAGGAUGAUGGCCGGCUAGCACGGAGAACCACAAGAGCCUGGUUCCGUCACGACAUGGAUGGCCUGGUAUCAGCCUUGACAUGAAGCGAGCUCUCCUCGUCAACGGGCUCCGUAAUCCUACUCAUGUCAUUCAUUCGAUACCGCCAUCCGAAUCCCACAUUCCAGCUUCCUCGGACGCUAUGGAAGGUCUCUCCCUCGUGCAUGACGACUUCGCAGAGGAUGCAGUAUCGACAUUGGCAGAGUUGACAACGAAAGAUGUUGCCGUCGGCCGCCGUGGUGUGAAUAUAUCCAUAGCUGCAGGUGGCCGAGGGACACACCCGGAAGAGCGGAUCUUGCUUCAUGAACUCGAGACUAGCCUUGUCCGUAUAUCUUCACACCAAAGUAGUCAGUAAAAAU